UCCAACGUAACACGACUAUUAUAUCCACUAAUUGGAGAAGUCAAGAUGCAUUCAUUUUUGUUAGCGAUUGGUCUCCUUAGUGUUAGUUACGCCCAAAAAUGGUGCAAACACGGUGGCUACACAAACGUGGCUUACAUGAAAAAGGUUACUUUAAGUUCUUAUCAUAACAAGAGCAGCUACCCAGGAUCAAACGCUGUUAAUGGCAAAUUAAACGACGUCACUGUAUCAGAUUGGGAAGUGUCCCCAUGGCUGAGGAUAGACCUUGGAAAAAACUUCAAAAUACUGAAAAUAGAAGUAUUUGCUAGAGGUGGAGAUGUUGCGGGUCGCCUACACGAUGUUGAGUUUACAGUUUGGAGCUGUCCAAAUCGCUUGCAUUCAUGUGGACGAUACAUUGGGCCUGCCAAGACUGGCGAGAGGAUCGUAGUUUUUUGUCCCAAAAACACAGUGGGGGAAUUCGUACAGCUACAAAUUGUAGAGGGAGAAAAAAACGAAAUAAGCCCGAUGGAAGUCCGUGUCUGGGGAAAACCGACAACUAAAGAAUGAUAUUAUCGAAAUAUAAAUUCAUAUAUGGCAAUUAUUUUAUCGAUUUAUAAA